ACUAGCAUCAUACACCUUCUUCAUAACCAUUUCUUUUCUUGAAUGUCAAGUAAUACAGCACUUCAUUAAUCUUCAUUCCUAUUCAACUUUUCUGCACAUGAACAUGAACAAAUUAUUCUUUUCUUUCCACUUGCAAAAGACUCAAAAACAUUCCAAUAGCAACCCAUUAAUGGUUACAUAAAUAUAGCUUCUCUCCAAAAUGAACUCUGUUCAUCAACACCAUAAACUUUUUUACCUUUUACCAGCAGCCAGAAAGAGUAAAAAUGAGACACCAGAAUGAACUACCCGUUCGAUCCACAGCCGGAGACCACCCCAUGAAGCGGCACCACACGGCGCGUUACUAUGCCCACCGGGUGAAAGAAAAUCUAACCACCAGAGUUUCCAAGCUAAUUUGUGCCAUAUUUUUAACCCUCCUAUUUCUUGUAGGGGUUAUCACAUUCGUUUUAUGGCUCAGUUUGCGUCCUCAUCGGCCAAGAUUUUUCGUACGAGAAUUAUCAAUCCCGGGUUUAGGACAAGAAAACGGAUUUGCGAAUGCUAAGAUAAUCUUCAAUGUGACGGCCCGUAAUUCUAACCAGAAUUUUGGGUUUUAUUACGAUGCAAUUCAGAUGACGGUGAAUUACCAGGAUCAAAGUAUAGGUGGAGAAACAUUGGCACUUCCUUUCUAUCAAGAGCCAAAGAACACGACAAUUCUGGCCGGAAUACUUGGUGGUAAUUCCUUGAGAGUGACGGCUGGUCAGUGGCGACAGUUCAUGGCGGAUCAUUCGCGAGGAGCAGUGGCUUUCAGCAUCGAAUUAUCUUCAACUAUUCGAUUCAAAAUAUCGACAUGGGAAAGUAAGCACCAUAGGAUACGUGCUACUUGCCCAGUUGCUGUUGGUGCAGAUGGGUCGUUAUUGACUACUGAUAGAGAUAAAAGGUGUCAAGUUUAUUUUAUCUAAUUUUCUGUAUAAUAACAGACAGGAUGUUCGGCUAUGCUUAAAAUCGAUAUUUUAACAUGACCAAACAUGCCGAAAUAAUAAAAUGCAUGAUUCAAAUAGUUUGUAUUCUUUGUUAGGAAAUAAAAAACUUAAAUCACUUUAUUUGUUAAAAUUGUCUUCAAUAUGAUUAGAAGUUUACACAAUGUACAAUGUACAAAUGGGAAAAUUGCAAUAUAGUGUCUCAAGAUAUCAAAAUAAAUACCAUUAUUCUCAACAAAUUUGGUGUUAAAAAGGCAUAUGUAAGGCAUGUCGGACAACGUUAUGAGGAUAAAAUGAACAGAACAUAUGUAAUUUUAAUAAGAAAUAAAUAAAAGAGAAGAAAAUUAUGGUAUCAUCCCUAAUCUCCCCAACCACCCCCAGCUUCAACAAUGUUAAAGAGCCACAGCACCACCACUACCGACACACCAGAACACUACGAAAGAAACAUCAGUAGUACAUCAAUUAAUGAAAAACAAUUUGAUGAUUUAGUACAACUUGGUGUAGCAGCGAGGCAACACGGUGGCGGUAGCCGCCGAUAUGGGGCCGUCAAUGGUGCGGAAGAGGGAGAAAAACAAUUGAACCACCCGUUCAAAUAUCCAAGUUUUCAAAGGAGAAUCAUAUUUAUUAUCAACAAUUAAGAAAAGAAUAACGAUUUCACAUAUUUGUGUGGGUCAAUAAUAAAGGUCGAGCAAAGGUAGUCAUGUCCCCCUCCAGUCAGAAUCUAUAAAACAGGGUCAAAGAAUCCAAUCUCCCCACCCCCCUGUAGAGGUGGAAUCGGAGGCCUAAAAACUCCACUUAGGCUUUGAUGGUGUUUAUGCUAUAUAAAUAUCCGUGACAUGACACGUCAUUUAAUUGGUGAAUAAGUUAAUGGUAGAGUCCCAUGUAUUUAAAAAUUCACCAAUUAAAUGAUAUACCAUGUCAUCGGUACUUAAUAUAAGCUGAGCACCGAUGACAUAACACGCUAUUUAAU